ACGGUCUUGGUUUUUUAUUCCCAAAUCUAAAAUCCCUAACUUCAAUUCCCCCCUCGAACUAUCACAAUGUCUCCCUCCCUCAAACUCUCCCUCUCUAGCUCACCCACUCUCUAGCUCAACUUAGAUGACCACAUUUUCUGGGUUGUCGUUUGAACUCAAUGGAGAUGGAGUUUUGUACACCAUCUCUAAUAAUUAUGACUCACAUUUGUCUUCUAUGUUUUCAGAGAUGCUUAUCCAGCCAUAUCCAACCCAACAUGAAAAAGGUUUUCAGAGAUGCCUUCAAGAGGUGGGUGCAGGCCACCACAGGGGUUUUGAGGCUCACGGAGACAACCUACGACAAUGCCGACAUCAAGGGGACAUACGCCUCAAAGGUGCCAUAUGGUCGCUGCCGAGUGAAAACGAGAGCCUGUCGUGGGAGGACGGAGUUUUGGACUUGGAGAGUGCGGCGAUGCAUCAGAUAGGGCAUCUUCUAGGGCUUGACCACUCUAACAAAGAGGACUCUGUUAUGUACCCUAACGUAUUGCCAUGGCAGCAACGAAAGGUGGAGCUCUCGGUUUCUGAUAUGGAAAACAUUCAGCGUCACUACACUAACGGCAUCUCUGGCCACAGUGGGCGUUGGGGAGUGCUUUUAAUGAAUAUCUUGUCUCUUGGAUUUGCUUACGAGCUUCUUUAAUUUUGUAUUGGUAUUUGGGUUUAUGAGCUUUUGGGAACAAUUUCAUGACUGUUGACUUGAGUAUAAUGCAUGGGUUCCCCAAACCAGGCAUGACAAUCAAACCCAUAUCCGUGAUAUUGUUCAAAGAAAAUACACGUACCUUAAAAGAAAAUACUCUGGGAGCCAGAACAAAUUAAAUCUUACUAUAUAUUAACUACCUUUUUUAUAUUUUUAAUUUUGGAUAAAAAUAUUUUUACUCCAUCUGAAAUAUGGGAAAUUUAAAAUUAGUCUCUUUAAAUUUUUUUGUCUCAAUGUCUCUAAAAUUUUAACAUGUUAUUUCAUUUAGCAUGUUAAUUAGUUUGUUACUAAACAAUGUAUCUAACACCUUAUGAUCACCAAUUUUUCAUUUUCUGUCAGUUCACCCUGUGACAUUUUUUCACUUUCUUUGGCCAUUCUUAGGGAUUCUUGGAGCAUCAUUCACCUCUUGAUCAUGGCGCACUUGAUGCCUUGGAUUUUUUGGAGGUUUAAAAUGCAUGGGCUGGGAUUUUUGAAGAUCAAGGUUAUUGUCACCUAAACACGUGGUUUUCUUUUCUAUUUCUACCAUCUUAAAAUACUUUUAUGCUUGUAUUUAUUGAUCUUAGUUUGGGGUUUGAAUUUCUUUUUAUCAUGACCAUCUAAGCUUAUAUUAUGAGGGAUGUUGUGACUUGAAUAUUAUGAAUUUUUCUAA